AUGUCACGGUAUUCAUUGCUACUUCUUAGCCUCAUUGUGACUUUGGCUUUGUCAGAAAAUCCACCACCGACUGGUGAAACAAAAACGGAUGAAAAAACAUCACAAUCUCCUAAACCAAGCAACGAUCAACCUAAAGUCACAACGGGAAAAGAGUUGAACGCCGAGCCAAAAGUUGAUGUCAUCGAAGAGAAAGCCGAUGAUGGGACAGACGUGAAAAAAGUGGAGAUCACCUCGAAAAAUCUUGGCACUCACACAAUCACCGUUGGCGAGAACUCGAUCAAAAUCCAAUCGAAAACCGUUUUUAAGAAA